AUGGGGUCGGCCAACUUGGAGCUGAUUUUUGACCACGUGGGGCACUUCGGCAGCGUGGAGAAGGCCACUGGGAUUCGCUCCGGGAUUGGUGGCUGCGGGGCAGGUGGGACGUGGGGCGCGUUCUUCCGAGCUGAAGUCGAGCGGUACCGGGUUACCCGAAUAGAGGACUGUCUGUUCCUGGCCGCCCGUUUCUCUAAUCCGCCAGACCGGCUCCUCUUUCAGUUCCUUAGACGACUGCUGCCCUGCCCACCGCGCCCUGGUGUCUCUCUCAGUGCCUGGCAGACUGAGGGCAUGGUUUUUGGAAUGAAGGCUGCAGAGGUGAAGUGCUUGUCCAUCACAUCGUUCCAUAGGCCAGAUAUAAUAACUUGCUUUUCUUCUCUUUUCAGAUACCAGAUAUUUCUUUAUUUCACUUGUGCCUUCCAGAACAUUUCUUGUGGGAUCCACUACUUGGCUUCUGUGUUUAUGACAGUGUUCCCGAAGUAUACCUGCAGGCCCCCAGGCAAUGUGAGUCGGGUUCUUUUCCACAAUGUCUCUAAUUGGAGGUUGGACGACAUCUGGAAUCUGUUACCACUAAGUCAUGAAGAUCACGUUGUAGUGCAGCUACAGAAUGGUGAGAUCUGGGAGCUCAACAGGUGUUACAGGUUCCGGAGAGAUAACAUGUCGACUUUGAACUACGAUUACAACGGCCAUAAAAGUGGCUCUCCUUGCUUAGAUGGCUACAUCUAUGACAAGAGCAAAUGGGACAGCACUGUGGUGACUCACUGGGACCUGGUCUGUAACCGAGAAUGGUUUGCAAGGCUGAUCCAGCCCACAUUUAUGCUUGGAGUCCUGCUGGGAGCGCUGAUUUUUGGCUACCUUUCUGACAGGGUGGGAAGACGACUUGUCUUGUGGUCCACAAGCACUGGCAUGUACUUGUUCGGCAUCGCAGCGGCGUUCGCCUUGGAUUACUACAGCUUCAUGAUCAUACGCUUUCUGCUUGCUAUUGUUGCAAGUGGCUAUCUCGUGGUGGUGUUUGUCUAUGUGACAGAAUUGAUUGGCAUGAAGGCUCGGACGUGGGCAUCCAUCCACGUGCAUUCCUUUUUUGCGAUAGGAACAAUGGUGGUAGCUUUGACUGGCUACUUGGUCAGGACCUGGUGGAUCUAUCAGAUAAUCCUCUCCACAGUGACUUUCCCCUUUGUCUUAUGCUGUUGGAUGCUCCCAGAGACACCUUUUUGGCUUCUUUCAGAGGGAAGAUAUGAAGAAGCACAAAUAGUGGUUGAUAAGAUGGCCAAGUGGAAUAGGGCAAGCACUUGUCAACUGUCAGAACUUUUAUCACCAGAUGUAUAUGGUCCUGUUGGUAAUAAGCCUCCUGAAGUUAAUGAGCACAACCUAUUAGAUCUGUUUUAUGACUGGAAUAUUGGAACAAGGACACUUAUUGUUUGGCUGAUUUGGUUCACAGGGUGUUUGGGAUUCUAUAGCUUCUCCUUAAAUUCUGUUAAUUUAGGAGGCAAUGAAUAUUUAAACCUCUUUCUCAUGGGUGCAGUGGAAAUUCCUGCCUAUGUUUUCGUGUGCUUGGGGAUGGACAUUGUGGGGAGAAGAAAUAUUCUGAUCAUCUCCCUUAUUUCAAGUGCAGUUUUCUGUGGUGUGAUUAUGGUGAUUCCCAAGGAUUACUAUGUUUGGAGUGUGGUGACAACUAUGGCUGGAAAAUUUGCCAUAGGCUCAGCGUUUGGCCUCAUCUACCUUUAUACAGCAGAACUGUAUCCAACCAUGAUCAGGACGCAGGCCAUGGGGAGCGGCAGCAUGGUGUCCCGAGCUGGAAGCAUCAUAGCCCCGCUCUGCAUCUACCUCUCCAGCGUUUGGAUCUUCAUGCCCCAGUUGCUUGUUGGGAUUUUGGCCUUUGUGAGUGGAAUGCUAACACUCAAACUUCCAGAAACCCUCGGGAAGCCUCUGGCAACAACUUGGGAGGAAGCGACCAGACUGGAUGUGGAAAAAGAUGGCAGUUCAGGCAAAUGAUUUCCCACAACCAAUAAUACUGAUGCUGAAAAAAACCAAAA